CCAUCCUUUCCUAGGCACUUGACAUCCUUCUAGGCCCGGCCGGGAGAAGGACCGGUCUUUCCGGCCACUGCGAAAUUGCAUUUUGGCAGGAAGGCGGCCGGAAGGCCCCUCGGUCGGUGAGCCGCUUCCUCCUCCGGACCCUUCGCCGUCGUCUUCCUCAUGUUGGCCUGUCUGUGCUGCAAGAAGAGAGGGCUGGGGUUCAAGGAGUUCGAGAAUGCCGAGGGCGAGGCCGGGCCGUCCGGCUUGUCGGUGCGGGGGUCCCCGGCCGCCGGACCCGGGGCCGAUGUUUACGUCCUGCCCCUCGCCGAGGUCUCGCUCCCCAUGGCCAGGCAGCCCGGGAGAUCGGUGCAGCUGCUCAAGUCCACCGGGCUGGGACGGCACAGCCUGCUCUACCUGAAGGAGAUCGGCCACGGCUGGUUCGGGAAGGUGUUCCUGGGCGAAGUGAACUCGGGCCUCGGCAGCACCCAGGUGGUGGUCAAGGAGCUGAAGGCCAGCGCCGGCGUCCGGGCGCAGAUGCAGUUUCUGGAGGAAGCCCAGCCCUACAGGGCGCUGCAGCACGGGAACCUGGUCCAGUGCCUGGCACAGUGCGCGGAGGUGACGCCCUACCUGCUGGUCAUGGAGUUCUGCCCCUUGGGCGACGUGAAGGGCUACCUGUGGAGCUGCCGGCUGGGCGAGUCGGCGUCGGGCCCGGACCCCCGGGCCCUGCAGCGCAUGGCCUGCGAGGUGUCCUCCGGCCUCCUGCACCUACACAGGAACAACUACGUGCACGGCGACCUGGCUCUGCGCAACUGCCUGCUGACCGCCGACCUGACCGUCAAGGUCGGGGACUACGGCCUGGCCCGCUGCAAGUAUAGGGACGACUACUUCGUCACGGCCGACCAGCUGUGGGUGCCCCUGCGCUGGAUCGCCCCCGAGCUCAUCGACGAGGUCCACGGCAACCUGCUCGUCGUGGACCAGACCAAGGCCAGCAACGUGUGGUCGCUCGGGGUGACGCUGUGGGAGCUGUUCGAGCUGGGCGGGCAGCCGUACCCGCAGUGCUCGGAUCGCCAGGUGCUGGCCCUCGCCAUCAAGGAGCAGCAGCUCAAGCUGCCCAAGCCCCGGCUGGGCCUGGCGCUGUCCGACCGCUGGUACGAGGUGAUGCAGUUCUGCUGGCUCCUCCCGGGCCAGCGGCCGACGGCGGACGAGGUCCACCUGCUGCUGUCCUACCUGUGCGCCCGGGGGGCGGCCGGGGCCCGCCAGGACGAGGAGGACUUCGAGGCGCGCUGGAACUCGCUCAAGCCCGGCGCCGGCGGCCUCCGCCGCCCCGACCCGCCCGGCGCCUGCCCCUUCUCCUCCUCCUCCUCCUUCCCGCUGCUGGAGCGCUUCGCGUCCGACGGCGAAGACGUCCUGACGGUCACCCGGACCAGCCGCGGCCUGGACUUCGACUACAGGUGGGAGCCCGGCGGGGCCCCGGCCGCCCGCCUCCGGGACCUCUGCGCCCGGCCGGCCGGCCCCGAGGACGCGGCCGGCUACGACUCGGACGGCGGCCCCGCGGAGGCCCCGGCCUCGGAGCCGCUGCCGGGGACGGGCCCGCGGGACUCCCCGCGGGGGCCGGGGGGCCGGCCCGACCGGCCGAUGCCCGGGGACCGGACCGCCGCCUCCGCCCCCUCGCCCGGGGCCCCGGACGACCCGUCGGGCGGCCCGGCCUCCCCGGAGUCUCCGGGAGGACCCCCGGCGGCCGCCCCGGCGCCCCCCGGCCAGCCCCGGGCUCCGGACAGCGGCUACGACACCGAGAACUACGAGUCACCCGAAUUCGUGCCCAAGGAGCCCCCGGACCCGCCGGAGGAGGAGGAGGAGGAGGAGGAGGGGGAGGAGGAGGGGGAGACCGGGGCGGGGCCGUGCCUCUCCGCUUCCUCCUCGGGCACCGAUCUGGCCCAGCUGAGCGUCAAGAACCCCUACCGCGACUCGGCCUACUUCUCCGACCUGGACGCGGAGCCCGAGUGGCCGGACGGGGCCGGGGGGCCGGGGGCGGAGCCCGGCCCGGGCGAGGUCCCGGGGGCGGUCGGGUCCCACCCGGACGGAGGCGGCAUCCCCGCGCCCGGCCCGGCCCCGUCUCUCGCCCUCGCCCCGGGUCCCCCCCCGCCCCUCUCCCCGGGCCCGUUUCCGUCCUCGACGUCGGCCCCGUGCCCGGCGGCUCCGUCCCCGGCCCUCGUCCCGUCCCCGCCCCCGGCCCGCUCCGGGUUCUUCCCGACGCCGGCGCCCACGGGCCCGGAGGGGGGCCCGGCGGCCGGGGGCGCCCGGGCCGCGCUCCGGGGGCCGGGGCCCGAGGAGGAGGAGGACGAGGAGGAGGAGGACACGGACAGCGACGAGUCGGACGAGGAGCUGCGCUGCUACGACGUCCGCGAGGAGCGGGGCGAGGAGAGCGGGGACGAGGCCGAGGCCGCGCCCGUCGUGGUGGCCGAGAGCCCCGGCGCCCGCAACCUGCGCGGCCUCCUCAAGCUCCCCGGCCUCCUGGCCCGGUCCCUGCGCGGCCAGCUGGACGGCAAGAAGAAGGCCGUGUCCUUCUUCGACGACGUCACCGUCUACCUCUUCGAUCAGGAGAGCCCCACGCGGGAGCCCGGAGAGCCGCCCUUCCCCGAGCCCGAGGAGCCGCCCCUCCGCCCCCGGCGCCCGCCCGGCGACGCCGCCGGCACCGUCCCCGAGGAGGGCGGCGGCUUCGAGUGGGACGACGGCUUCGCCCCGUUGCCCGGCAAACCGGCCUCGGCGGCACCGCCGUCGCCGCCCGCCCCCCCGUCCCGGUUCACCGUCUCCCCGGCCUCGGCCUCCCGCUUCUCCAUCACCCACGUCUCCGACUCCGCCGUCAGGUCGGCGACAGGCGGCAGCGAGGACGGCGACCGAGAGUAGCCCCCGGGCCCCGGUCGAGGCGAGGCCGCGGCCGGACGGACGCGGGGCGGAGGACUCCGGGGACCGACUCUAUUUUCCGAGGCAGAUUUUAUCGGCGGGAUCGGCUCUGCCGCUUGUCCGGGGGUGCCCCCCCCCCCCCCACGACGUGUGUAAAUAGACGCGUGCGCGAGAGCGUUUCCGGGGCAGCCAGACCCCUCCCGGGUCCGGGGCCGAGCCGGCCGUACCCCCGCCGGCUCCGCGGGUCCCGUCGGUCGGUGGCGGCCCCCGCGCCACGGGGCGGGCCCCGUUCUAGAGGCCGCGGUCCCCGAGGGAAGCUGGGGGCGGGACCCCCCCCCCCCAACCCCGUCCCGCUGCGCCCGGCGGGCGGGGAGGGGGCACCGGACGUUCCUACGAGACCGCGGCCGGGGGUGGGGGCGUGGGGAGACGAGGUGAUCUUAAGUUAUUGUUGCCAAAGAGAUGUAAAGGUGAGAGGUCGCACGGGGAGGGGCGGGGGGGAC